AGGAGUUCUUUCUCCGCAGCAGAGAUGUAUGUAGGGCCGUUUUUACCCGCAUGCCUGCGCUACGCUACACGCCACCACGUGCUCUACGAGAAACACCAACGAGAGUUCUACCAGCGUUCGCGGCGCUGCUGUCGCUAGGCGAGCGGAGACCACCGCUGCUCGGACCGGUGGAGCCGUGUGACGUCACGCCGUUGCUCGAUGAGCUGCGAAGGCGCGCGGCGCGGCCGGCGCUGACCUUGUUUCGGGUGUGACCAAUCGGCGUGCGCUGGCUACCGCCGGCCGGGCCGACGCGCAGAUUUUGUUGUGGCCGCCGGUGUCGGCAGUGACGGCGCCACGCUGACGGAGUGAGGGGGCGCGUCGGAGCGGUCCGCGGCGGCCGGGCGGUGACAGAGGUGUGGCGGUGAAACGGGCAGUGCUGCGGCUGUCGGAGCACGCGCUGGGCUGAGGGUGCCUGAGUGGUAGUGGGAUCGGAACAGUGCGUCCGCUGGCUGGACUGUGAGGGUGAGGACUUGUGGGCAUCCGCUGGAGUCGGCGGAGGCGUUUGGUCGACUGCGGCAGCUGUUUGAAUGAUGCGUCGGCUGGGCGGCGGUAGUGCGCCGUGAUUAUGCCGCCGUGUCGUCUCGUCUGUCUAUGGACCGUCGUGCUGGCGCUGACCUCCUCAGCGUCGGCUAGCGGCGGGCCGGAGCUGUGCGUCGUGAAGCCGCUGACGGCUCCGGACUUUUCGGGCGAGUUCCACCUGCCGGUGCCGUCGAUCGGGUGCGUGGGCAGCUGCCGGUCCCAGGCCGCCGACCAGGAGGUACACACCGUCCGGCUGUCCACCAAGUUCAGCAGCCACCUCCACAACCCGCAGACCCUGGCCAAGGCGACGCUGAACGUGCGCGCGCCGCGGGACGGUCGGCCGUUCGGCAGGAAGGUGAUUCUGUUCCUGGUGGGAUCGUCCCCGGUCAGCUGGACCGUGAGGACAUACGGCGCGUUCGAAAAUGGCACGAACUUCCAGAUAUUUGUGAGCGCCGGCUCUGAGGUGGACGCUGCGGAGCUGGGCGCGGUGCCGGUCACCCCCGAACCGGAGCGGGACCGCUCGGAGCUACUGCAGCACAUCGUGGACCAGUUCGGCUGCGUCACCUCCUUCACGGACGUCACCGUGGCCGACCUGGUGGACCUCACACUCGGCACCGACCCCGAGUGGCCGGAGCAGUGCGACCCAGACCACCUCCGACCGAGUCCCGGUCUGUCCGCCUACCUGCGGCAGCCAGUCAGCCUGGACGGCUGCUACCACCGCCACCUGGCCGGACUCGGGUCAAGAGACGUGUACGUCAUUGAGGUGGCCGAGCAGGGGCGCAGUUUCGGUGACAGUGACGUCACUAUCCAGCUGGCGCCCGUCAACAGCACGCAGAAGAUUUCAGCCAACAUCACGCUGCUGCUGAAGGCUGUCAUGCCGGUCACGUGGUACAUAGAAACGGAACGGUUCUCAGGAGAUCUGCUGGUCGUGACGGAGGACCCGGUGCUGAACACGAGCCUCAAGUCGCCGUCCGUGUCACUGUCGGUGCACACCACCAAGCUGCCGGCGGCCUUCAGCGACCUGCUGCUACACACGGCCGUCGGCUACUCGAGCGGGCCGCCGGUGGCCUACGUGAGGUCGCUGGCCGUGCACCGGAUCAGCAUCGGCCUGCCGGACGUACAGCGACCGACGCAGCCACCGGCCACAGAAGACGUAUUCCUUGAUGAAACAUCCGACUCAUCACCGAAAGACAACAGCGUAGUUGAGAAGGGGCCGUUUGACUUCAAACGGGACAUGCGAAGACCAAGACCUACAGGCUACCGUCCGGUGCCGCCGUCUGGCGCGCUGCGCCGCUCGCUGUCGGUCUCGUGCGAGCUGGGCAGGCUGGUGGUGGCUGUGCCGGCCGCAGAGGCCGACCUCUGGCACGUGGAUGCGCUGCGGCUCACCGAUCCCACGUGCCACUCGUUCAGGAACGCCACGUUUCUGGUCAUCAGCCAGCCGCUGGACGCCUGCCUCACCCGGCGGAGGAUCGUGGACGGAAACGCCGUAUACGAAAAUACGGUUCACUUUAUCUCGUCGGGCGCGCCGAUCGACGACGAGGACUUUGACGGCUCCGGCUCGGGUCUGGGCCUGCCGGACAUGUGGGACGACCCGGCGGCCGAGUACGACCCGCUGGAGGACGAGCUGACGGACGGCGGUCGGGUGCCGGUCAGCUGCACACACCAGGGCCGCGGCCGGCCGGCCGGCGAGCCGGCGACGCCCACCCCGCGCCGCCGCCAGGAGGUCGGCCUGUCGGACGACGGCGUCGACACGGCCGGCUACUCGCUGGAGUUGUUCUCCGACCAGCUCUUCUCGUCGCCCAUCAAACCCAACGCCCUCGUCCCAGUCACGCACACCAUCUAUGUGCGCGCCUCCGUACAUAUCGUCUCUGCGCCGGACCUGCGGCCCGUGGUGGAGCAGUGCUGGAUCAGUAAGGACAGCGACGCGGACGCGCCGUACAAGUUUCUGGUGGUGCGCGCCGCGUGUCCGGUGGACGGCAGCGUCACCUUCCUGAGGUCGGAGAGCGCCAAGGGAGACAUCUUCACCUUCCAGGUAUCCCGCCAGUACCUGGACCUGGGGCCGUACUUCCUGCACUGUCGGGUGGGACUGUGCGCCCGGCCAUCAUCAAACACCAGCCCGCGUGUCGCUCAGUGUCUGGACCGGCUGCGUUACUGCUCAGAUGAGAGUGGUGGGGACGCCGGUCGGCUGGUGGCCUCUGGCGUCCAGGUGGUCACCCGGGGACCUCUGCUACCCACCGUCACUGGCCUGCCGUCGGUGCCCAGCUGGCGGCCGAGCGCCGCCGCUCCUGACCAGGGGUCCCGCCAGGGCUCCGACCCGCCGUCCGACCAGGGCCCACUCCUGAGGCCGGGCGUGGAGCCGGAGACCGUGGCCGGGAUCGGGGUGGCCGCCUUCGUGCUCGGCGUGACGCUGAUGGGUGGAGUGUGGCUCAUCCACUCCCGAAUAGGUCCGUCCAAGCAGCACCGGUUCCAGGCGGUGCCUCAGAGCGCCCCUCAGGAGGUGACCGGUCAGUCGGCCCACUCCACCCCCAGCUCCCAGACUCCCAUCAUCAUCUGACUGGAGGAACUGCCGGAGGGGGCGGCGGUCAGCUGACCGGCACCGGUCGCCGCUGGCCCGGCCGGGGCGCUGUCCGACCCGGCCGGACCGGGAGAGGAGGGCGCGGCGGCCGCGGGCGGACGAGAUUCAGUUGUGCAGUACAAAUGUGAUUACCUCAGCCGUUAAGUUCGUUCCUAUAUUUGCGUUGGCGGUUCGGCCGGGGCCGUGCAUGGCUCGUUUGAGGAGGGGAGGAAGCAGAGAGGAUCUGACCGGUUUUAGAGAGCCCUGACAGCUGCUGGAGCUCCGGCCAGGAGCCAGGAGCCGACCGGGGUAUCCCGACCCACUGCCGCUGGCCGGGGAGAGAGGAGCGGAGCCGGAGACAGAGCAGAGAGCGCGGAGCGGGCAGAGGGGCGGUGGGUCGGGCGUGCGCUACUGUUCUGCUCACCACGGCAGAACGUAUCUGAUUAUCACGUACUUAUCGUCACGGUGUGCGUGUGGUGUAUGUGUGCGGGUGUGUGAGUGUGCUGUCGGCGCGAGCGGCUCAUUGUUGACGGUGGCUAUAGAGAUGUGCUUCCUACCUAGACGGGGGCUCCGGAGACCUGACGAUUGUUGUAGCAAAAUAGUUGCGUGUUAACCGUAUCAUAUAUGUUAUUGUUUGACCUGUUAUGUAUUUCGCGUCACAUUGUUAAGCAUUGCCCGUGGAUAUAUACGACCCGCGCACUGGGAUGUCGCCCGGAAUCACACAACUCGAGAUUUUAAAUUAUUUAUGACGUCCUCACUCCUCAUUUUGCGCUCUUAUAUCGCGGAACGCCUGCGGCCACCGUGUGGUGUCGAUGUUCCUUUUUACGGCGGCCUGGCGUGUGGUGCUGGCCGUUUUACCUCGGAUACUGCACUGAUUUGACCGCGGGAUCGGACGCCCUAUCAGCUCAGUGGCGGCUCUGGCAGCGCCUCUGUCCACCAGCGGCGCUGCUGGCGCGCGCGGCCGUCUGACGGCGCUGUUCUGCCCGCAGAGGGCGCUGCACCGGUUGCUGUGUGUGUGUGUUUGUGUGUCACAGCAGCUCUGUUCAGGCGCGGUGCACACGCGCGCUCCGAGCGGUCAUCUCAGUGAGUUGUUGCCAUCUCUGCGCACCUGGUAGGACGAGACGUCGCCUAGAGGCAUUUGUAAGAAAUCCCACACUUUGCGGUAGCUAUAGAGUGUACAUCUCCAUACAUCCAAAGAGUCAAUGUAUUUAUAAAGAAAUAAAAUUAUCAACAGUU